CAAAGAAGGAGGAAGCUGACAGAAAUGUUAAGGUUAUGAAGGGAGGCGAACAGAUGUGAGGUUUUGAAAGCAGAGCAAAGGAGUAAUGAGGCACCAUAAAUGAAGAGGAGUAGCAGUUCAUCAGGAGGAAAGAGGAGAGCUGUCCAAAGGAGACGUCCCUCACGCCCUGCCUGCACGUCAGAAGUCCCUCAUAUCCUCCAAAGGAUAAGAUGCCAUGGAGGCAACCAGAACCACGGUGCUGUGUGUCUGCUGCGUCCUGUUCGCCUUAACAGAUGUUACCUGUGAACUGAUUCACAUUCGCUCACUGGUUCAUCAUGGAAUUGAGGGGAGGCACCUGCUCCUGUCUGUGGACUCCAGAUUUCCAGUGAAUCAAGCAGAGAUCCAGGGAACUUGGUCUCACACUAAACAGAACGGUGCAAGGACAACGUUGGUCACAUUCACUAAAGAAAAUAACAUCAUGGAUAUGAUGUACCGCAACCACCUCCUCUUCAGACAACCAAAUGUUUCUCUGCUCAUCCUGAAGUUGAAAAAGGAGGAUGAGGGGUAUUAUCAUCUGAGCCUCAACAUAGAGUUUCACAAUAAAACAGGAUUGGUCAUCAAAGAAGAAAGAACUAUUUAUGUGACAGUGGAUGAGCCUGUCUCCAUACCGGUCAUUGAGAAGAAGCCCUCCUAUGCAGUCAUAGAAGACAAAGCAAAUGUGACUUGGACUUGUUCAGUAGAGAAAGGAACAAGGGUUGUUUUCCAAUGGUUUAGGGAUAAUGUUGCACUGAGUCCCAGCAAGAGAUACCACUUCCUCCAAGACAACUCCACGCUUUUUAUUAGCCCUGUAAGAAAGGAGGACAAGGGGACUUAUCGCUGCACUGCAACAAACCCAGUGAGCCCAAUCAAGAAAAGCAGAGGAGCGGAGCUCAAUGUUUACUAUGGCCCCUACAACCUGGAGGUGAACUCUGUCCAGGGCCUCCGGACAGGGGAGGUGUUCACCAUCAACCCUGGUGAGCUGGUGUUCUUCGAAUGCCAGGCAGACUCCAACCCCCCCAACAGUUACGUCUGGAUCUCCAAGAGCCGCAAUGCGACUCAGAUCAUUACUGAGGGCCCACGGCUGGAGGUGCGGUCCUACAAGCUGGCCCAGACCGAGGAGUACCUGUGCCGCGCCUUCAACAACGUGACAAAGAAGCAGGACGAGGCCCAGUUCACUCUAGUGGUGGCCAGCUUGGGAACAGGGAAAGAGAAAUACACCGAUGAGGGUAGAUCGGUGUCUCCGCUAGCAGUCAUUGCUGUCUGCUCUUCGUUUAUCAUUGGUUUUAUGCUGCUGUUCCUCUUCCGCAGGACAUGCCAUCCAAAGAGAGUCCUCAUGAACUUCUACAACAGACCAUUUACGGAGCAGAAACGACCACAUCGCUCAGGUCAUGAGGAUGCAACAGAGGACUUUGGCAUCUAUGAAUUUGUCUCCAUACCAGGAAAAAUGGAAUCCACACAGGCAUCGUGCAGAUCUCUCGCUCGGCUGGAGUCCGUUCAGGAUAUGCACACCACCAUCUAUGAUGUGAUCAGACACGUACCAGAAUCCCCCAGCACUGGCUUGCUAAAGUAGCUGUGUGCUCUGAGGUCUCACUGGAAGAUUUCUGUGUAGCUUUAUUCUUGUGUUUGCUGCCCAACUGUUUUUUGCACAAAGUAUGAAGGGGAAUUGUUGGGUUCUGCAACAUGAAUAUGCACUGUUACUGUCAAGAGGUUAGUACAGACAUUCAUCUUCUUCUAAUAGAUAUGAGAGUUGGAAAAAAGUACAUGUAUGAUUUAAUUUUGAAAUUUGUUUUUAUUCAAAAUAACAUCUUUUUGAGGUUUUGGGAUUUAUGGAUAAAGAUCAGUAAAAUCUCUGAACUUGCAUCAAAAGUCAAAACACACAGAGAUAACUUCAAUAAAGAAGGUAUUAGGAAUUGAAUUAACCUGCUACAUCUUAUGGUCCUUUGAUAUAACCGUAUUUUCUCAGAGAAGUGUUACAAUUAAUGCGUUUUCUUGCUUAAUGUAAAUAAUGUACAUGUACAGACUUUACCUAUUUUAUUCUAUUUGUAUAUUUUUCUCUAAUAUGUGAAGUCCUGUAGAAACUCAGAUACAGAAAAACAAAACAAACGUCUUUUUUUUUAAUUAUGAAUUGACCACCUCAUAUGAUCAGCCAUAAUGCUCAUACUGGAAUAGGUGUACAUUUAUUGUUUCAAUAAAAAUGGUGCAUUUUUUCUGCAUACUGAACAUUCUUGCAGUGUUCUCAACUUGCUGUUUUUACUGAAUGUGAUUUGUUGCUCUUCUUGAUUGAACGCUACAUUAUGCACAAAAAAAUGAAGGAAUAUUAUGAAACAGAGACAAUUGUAUUUCAAUCUGUCAUCUACAUGCACACUGCGAAAACAAUCUAGAAAUAGGUAAAGAUUUCUUAAUUUAAGUGUUUUUACUCUUAAUUUGAGUAGGUAAGUAAAAGGAUUUGCCAAUAGAAUGACUAUUUUUAUUCUUAAAAUAAGAUAAUUAGAUAAAACUCACUUGAAAUAAGAC